AUGGAGAUCCUGGUGGGAUGGACAGGAUGGACAUCGUGGUGGUAUGGAGAUGCUGAUGGGAUGGACAGGAUGGAUUAUCCUGGUGAGAUGGAGAGGAUGGAGAUCGUGGUGGGAUGGAUUAUCCUGAUGGGAUGGAAAGAACGGAUUAUCCUGACUCCUGCUGAACAGGCCAAGGCCAGGCUGCAGCUGGUUCUGGAGGCAGCUGCCAAAGCAGACGAAGCGUUGAAGGCCAAGGAGAGAAGUGAAGAAGAAGCCAAGAGAAGAAAGGAGGAAGACCAGGCCACCCUCCUGGACCAGGUGAGGCGAGUGAAGGAAAUCGAGGCCAUCGAAAGCGACGCCUUCAUCCCACAGACCUUCAGGUCCAGCAAAGAAGUCAAAAAGUCAACAGAACCUCCUGAACUCCAACACGAGCCUGGCAAUGUGGGAGCAGGAGCCACUGAGGCAGCAGCUCCUGACAAAGAUCCCCCAGCUGCCAACAUCCCCACUGCCAUCAAAUACCAGGAUGACAAUUCCUUAGCACAUCCAAAUCUGUUCAUGGAGAAGGCCGAGGCAGAGGAGAGGUGGUUCCAGCGUUUGGUGGCUCUGCGCCAGGAGAGGCUGAUGGGGAGCCCCGUGGCCUGA